AAUAACAAAAGGAAAAAUGAAGAAAAUGAGCAUGAUGAUAGAUAUGAUGAAACGAAUGAAGAGAAUAAAGAUGAGAAGAAUGAAGAAAAUGAUAGAAAGAAUAAUGAAAAUGAGCAUAAUGAGUAUGAUGAGUAUGAUGAAGUGAAUAAAGAGAAUGAAGAGGAGGAUGAAGAGAUGAAUGAAAAUGGUGAGAAAAAUGAAGAAAAUGAUGAGGGGAAGAAUGAAGAAGAUGAGUAUGAUGAUGAGUAUAAUAAAGUAAAUGAAGAAGAGGAGGAUGAAAAUGAUUAG